CUUCUUACUUCCAUUUGAAAGACCAGUGGCUCAAUCUCCUCUGCAUCUCUUCUCACACCCCUUCAGCUCUCCAUUCUCUCCGCCACCACUCCUUUCCAACCAGCAAGCAACCUCGAGCACCUCCGAUGCCGCGCUAUCCCCCCUACCAUCACCACUUACCUCCUCACCAAGGCCAGCGCAAGUGCGCUCAAGCCCUUCUCCUUCUUCUUGUUUGGAUAUGGGUGGCUAUGGGCCUCCGUUAUGGUUACUACGGCAAACACCAGCUUGUUUUGGGACCAAACUCGUCGCGAAUGAUGAAGACCAGCUCGCUUUUUGUAGAGCAAGUUCAGGUGAAGGAUAAAGCUAGCCAAGGGAUACUGCUUUAUGGGUUCAAGGAGAGACCAGAGCUUAGCUUGGAAACCAACUGGACUGUGUCGAAUCAUUUGUUUGUCGACUCUUAUGAUCGCCAGGGAUUCUCCAUGUGGUUGAACAAAGGGUCCAGGAUUUGGAUGGCAUGGGAGGUGACCCAUGGUGGUGGAAGCCAUGAAGACAUGCUUGUGGUUCUGAUCAAGGGAGAACAGAACUUGAAGGAGUUGCAGAGAUACUACCCAGGCUCCCACGUUGCUGCUGAAGGCAAUAGAGAAGCAGAGUACACCAUUGCUGAAGAUGAUAGUUAUUAUUUCGGUGUCGUGAAUUUAUCUCCUCGAACAAUGGUGUUAAUCAUGAAGGUUAAUGUUACAUCAAAGAUAUACGAUAUCAGUCGAGCAAGCAACAUAUGUUCCACAACCGAUGGUUUGUGCAAGCUUGAGCUCCACCUUCCAAGCACUUGCUACUACGUGUUAACAACACCAAAUACUGAUAUGCCUAUCACGGUUUGGCAAGUCGAACUUUCUUUUGUAGCACGGCUGGUCUCAUAUUUAGUGAUCACAGGGUUUAUCGUGGUUAUUGUGUAUAUGGUUUUGAAAUAUCUCGGAGCUUGUGAUUCUGAGCAAACGUUACAAGUGCAAGUGCAAACAGAGGCGACAGAGACCGAUCCAAUACUACCAAGAAAGGAGAUGCCUUGCACUUAUGGAACAAAUGAAGAGGAGCCUGAAUCGAGUUCGUCUUCCUCUUCGGAAGACUUGUAUGAUGGAAAGAUAUGUGUGAUUUGUUAUGACGAAAGGCGCAAUUGUUUCUUUACUCCUUGUGGGCAUAGUGCUACUUGUUAUACGUGCGCAAAGAGGAUAAUGGAGGACGAAAACAAGGUGUGUCCAAUCUGUAGAAGGCUCAUUCAUAAAUUAAGAAGAUUGUUUAGUUCCAGAGAUGAUCCACAAAGUGCAAUGGCGAAGGAGGAGGAAAAUCUUAAUUGUGAACCAAACAAUAUCCUGAGGGUAUAACCCCUCAUUUGUCUUGGGGAGAUUCGUUGUUUGAGUCUUGGAAAUGUUUCCCAAGUGUUCGGCCUGGAUCAUUUUUCCAACUGAAUUUUCCCAUCUUCCGCAGUAAAGGAAAAAAGAUCUUCACUUUGAAGAUGGCAGUAGUUAUUUGCAUUUCAGAUAUCCAUCACUCAUAGAAAGUAGAAGAAGUUUAUUUUGAGGAGAAAGGCUCGUAAUUUACAAUUUAUAUUGCAUCUCAAAAAUAGAUAUCAACCAUGUCAUGUAUGUGGAGCUUUUUGAUGAUCAAUCAAGUGACAAGACAUAUAGGUCAGGCUCAGCCCAAUGGUUUGGUGCCCUCAGUUAUCUUGGACAAAGUUUGAUACAGAUGGAAUGCUUAUAUUGCAAACUUUGUGCA